CCCUGCCCCAGCACAAGGACCAAUUCCUAGUGGUGGCUGGGAGGUGACACGGAGCCUAGGGAUAAUGAAAGCAUUUUGCAAUAAGCUUGUGACACCGCGUUAGACUUUUUUGGGAACUGUGGUGGAGAGAGAAAGAGAGAAAAACUGCACUGGAAAAUUUAACCAAUCCGAAAAAGCAGUAUAUUUGAAGAGAAGGUUAACUCACUGGAGCAAGAGGAAAGUAAGCCUUUUGAAAGGGAAGCUCCAGGGAACAUGGAGAUUAACACGAAACAGGUUAGAUGAUGUGUUAAUGUGGAUGACUGCAAUAAUAGUAAUAAUUUGUCUACUAUUGCAACAAGUAUAGAUACACAAUGGGAAAAAACAAAAAAAUCAAAACAUAUUGAGCUUGUUACCAGCAUAUAUGCUCUCUAUAUGUAUUUAGUUAUCUGGUUAAGAGGCAUUUGUGUGCAAUGUUUAAUGUAAAGGGAAUUUUGUUGCAUAAUGUAGAUGUUUUAUACAAAACUCUGCUUGUGUAUAUCUCUAAACAUGUUUCUGGUUCUUUGUCUGAAAUCUUGUGCCCAUGGACCAUCAGGGUGUCCUCUCUUAUCUUGUACUCUUCACUGUUCUGCCCCUGUUGGUAUGUGGAAUUGCUUGAAGGUGCAUUUGGUUUUGUAUAGAAAGACUAAUUGAGUACGCAAUGUGGCACGUUAGAUGGUAACUUUGUAAUCAUAGAAAAUCAUUAUAAAGUUCUUAAAUGCUUCUUUUUCUUACCAACAUUCUAAAGUUUAUGGGCACGCAUUCACAUUACACAAAUAACUAACUCUGAGUUAAUCAACUAUUUUAGCAGCUGGAGAGAGAUUUUUAAAGUGACUUUUUACUUUUCCAGUCAAACCAAACAUACAUCAGUGGCCAUGUAAUAGAUGGCAAAGAGCUUUGGACCUAUAAACUAAGUUUAGUUCCUUUGCCUCAAAAAGAGAGUCUUCACCACAAUAGUAAAAAUGGGGGGAUAUGAUAGAAACAUUUAAAUACAUAAAGGGAAUCAACACAGUAAAGGAGGAGACUAUAUUUAAAAGAAAAACACUACCACAACAAGAGGACAUAGUCUUAAAUUAGAGGGGCAAAGGUUUAAAAAUAAUAUCAGGAAGUAUUACUUUACUGAGAGGGUAGUGGAUGCAUGGAAUAGUCUUCCAGCUGAAGUGGUAGAGGUUAACGCAGUAAAGGAGUUUAAGCAUGCGUGGGAUAGGCAUAAGGCUAUCCUAACUAUAAGAUAAGGCUAGGGACUAAUGAAAGUAUUUAGAAAAUUGGGCAGACUAGAUGGGCCAAAUGGUUCUUAUCUGCCGUCACAUUCUAUGUUUCUAUUUCAAAAACCCCAUAAGACAGAUGUGCCCAAUAGGUAGAUCCCCAGAUGUUUUAAAACUACAUCUUCCAUGAUGCUUUAUCGUUCUAAAGGCAUUUUUAAAGGCAUGCAAAGCAUCAUGGAAGUUGUAGUUCCACAACAUCUGGGAAUCUACCUAUUUGGAAUCAAAUUGUCUGGUUUUUAAAUAUUAUGAAAGAUAAUGAGGUGACACAAAGCAACUCACAAAAAUAAACUAAUCAAUUGCAGAGAUAAGAUACAUGCCACAUUUCUAUACAUGCAGCAUCUUAUAUCACAAACCAAAUAAACUUUAUCAGGUUUAUUUACCAAACUCUGAAUUGCAGUCAAUUGAAAUCCGAACUCAAAACGUAAUAGAACUUUGCCAAGCCGUGACUAUAAAUUCUCCACAAUUUGGAGGUUAGUGAAUAAACAGUGGGGGCUGGUUUGUACUGCACAAUGCCCACCACUUUUUGUUCUAACUAAAAAAAAAAAAUCCAAUCCACUCGUGACAAGGUGUAUAAUGUUUUGUCUUCUCGGCCUGCCUUUGGGUAAUGGUCAUUUCUAAAAUUUAAAUUAUAUUAAGUGUGUUUAGACUCAUUAUGUAUAAAUUUAUGCAUUCUACUGUUUGGAAUACUUUGAUCUAAUUAGGUUUCUUAUUGGCUAAUAUGCUCUUUUUUUGCUGUUUCGAUACUUGAUUCUGCUGAAAAUAUGUUACAUAUAUAAUAUUGAAUAUGUCUUCAGACAGUUCUUUGAGCUCAUUGAUAGAAUAUGUACUUUCUUCUUUUAAAUUCCUUGUCCCUGCCAUAAUUUGGGCCAUGUUUAUGUCUGAUUAUUCCCCUCUCUUUGCUUGUUUUCCCCCCACCCUCUUGUUUUCCUUAUGUUGCGUUUGAUAAUUUGUCUGGCACACACAAAUGAUAGGGGUAAAGUCCAGGAAAGAAAAUACAGAGAUAAUACGACUGUGGAGUUUUGUUUUCUUUACAGAGACACUAUUAUAAGACCUUAAAAGAAAACUGUCAUCAUUUCAUUCACCAUUAUUGAAACUAAAAGAUUGGUAAUAUAGCCUGUUUGGACAUUUUUUGUAACACACCUAUAAUUAAUAAUUCUUAUUAGUGUAUAUAUUGCCUUACACUAGUUUACUUCUGUGGGGGCUGCCAUCUUUAGUUCUGAUAUUAAGCACUGGAAAUAAUCCCAGAGUGCAUUGUUUAGAUGCGUACUAGCUCUUACCAGCUUUGUUUUUUGUCAUAUAAGCUUGGUUUCUGACAAAAGAAAUUUAACCACUCUAUGGCCGCCAAUGGUCAGGGUACCAUCAAUAUCCCUCACUAGAACCUACUUUAUCCAAGUUUAAUAUUUUCAGCCUAUAUUGGCCAUUUAUAAUAAAGCCAGUUAUAUGCUGAUUGUUUUACAUUAGUAACAGUAUAUCUUUUUGCAUUUGAAUUAUUGUAGUAGGCAGAGGGUAACCUUAUAAAGCUGGAUUUUUACUGUAUACGACUAGUUAUUAGUCAUUAUCCCCGCAUUGGUGGUGUUUCUUUCAAUAUCACUACAUUGAUCCUCCAUCCAUUCAGAAUACUGUUCUAAUAUUCAUGAGGUUCCAUCUCCACUCAGUGGAGACUCUCUAGCCUCACUUUCUUUUUUUGUCUAAGUAUAGGGGUUAAGCCCCGAGACACCCCUGGAGUGUCUCACUGGUGUAUCAAUUCUAGGACAGGGGACACCUACACGGUUACAUGCUCUUUUAGACAGGUAUUCUGGUGUGCCCUCUGUCACAGAUUUUGUUGUGUGGAGUUUUUUAGUUAGUUUGGUUUCAAUACCUUUACACCAUUUCAGUGUUAAACAAUAUGGCUGGCUUCUUAUCAGACAGAGCUAAAAAAUGAAUCUAUGGCAUACAGAGGCUGACUCGGUUUUCUCAGACCAAAAUUUAACAUGUUUUAACCUCCAGCCUGACAUUACCUCUGCAUUCAACAACUUGACAAGCCUGUUCAAACAACAAAUUAAAUCAGGUUGGGAGAUAGCGUCCUUAGAAAACUACUUGAAAAAAUAACUAAUUCCGAGAGGGUUAAGGGUCCAAAACAUCCCUGCAUCACAUACUGAUGAGAAAUAGUUUAUCACAGAAUGGGAAGAGGCGGCAGGGGUUUGCUCUAGAAAUUUAAUGGAAGUCCUCUGCAUGUUUGAGAAAAAAAGACUAGAAAGAAUUAACAAGGAGGUAGAGGAGGAAAUCUAAAAAAUCGGGGAUAGUAACGACUUUAAAACUGGUAACAUCUAUCGCAAAACUAAUAGAAAGAGGACAAGCGAAUCUGAGUCAGACAAUAAAACAAAGGGGCCCUCUAUGUCAUCUUACCCCAACCCUAGAAGUAUACUAAAGAAAGGGGUAUCUUUUUAGGGAGACCAAACAUGGAGGACUCCUCACUACUCCACACGAGGAGUCGCUCCAGACCACAGUACAACAGACAGAGGAAAGUCUAAUUACUACUGAGAACCAAGUAGUUAAUCUGACAACUCAUGAUCUAUCUAUUCCGGAAUUACAAAUAUUACACAGGGGUAUGUCCUUUGUCCCAAUAACCGAAUGUGAUCGAUUCUGUUGGACAAAUUGGACAUACACCUGUUUGCGAGAAAGUUGGCCCUUCACAAGUUCCAUUGUUUACAAAACGAAAAAAGAGCUAUAAAACUAGCCCUAGAUAUGAAUGACAUAGCCCUGCUGGAUAUUUUCAUCGAUACUGACAUGAGAUAUUGACCAAUUUCAAGAACCCUUUACUAAUCUGAGGAAAAAAAGCGAGUUCACACCCUACAUAUUAGAGUUUAAGUACAUUGAUUUAUUUGUUGAACUUACAUGUGGUGAAUUAGAGAAAAUAAUUAACAUUCAAGAUCCGUCAUUGAAAUCAAGUAGUAACAUCACGCCCUUAGAACAACAGGCUUUAAAACAACUUUAAAAAGUCAUUGAUUAUUAAACCAUCAGAUAAAUGAGGGAAUGUUGCAGUGAUGGACAGAGAUCAAUAUGUUGAAAUGGCACUGAGAUUAUUUGGGGACAGAGACACAUAUCGCAUAUUGGACGGAGACUCCACCCACAAGUGUCUCAAGGAACUCAAAUUCCUUUUGGACGAAGCUCUUGAUUCAUCACUAAUUUAAAGAGAUGAGUACAAUUUUAUGCUAGUUAAGAAAUUGCUACAUUCUAUGCUCUACCCAAAAUUCAUAAGAAACAACCUUUUUUUCAGCAUUUACGUAGAUCAUAUCCUAAGGGAAAUUGUUAAAACCCUCCUCUCACACCUUAGAGAUACUAAGCAAACUUUGAAUCUAUUGGAGAAUAUAGAAAUUUCGAAACAAACAGCAUUUUGUGUAGCUUAGAUGUGGAGGGCUUGCAUAGCUCAAUCCCACACCAAGUGGGACUCACACAUACAAAUACAAGAGCCUUUCUAGAAACCCGCAACCCUUCACUAGGUACACAUAAUACCUUUGUCAUCAAACUACUCCACUUCAUACUUACUCACAACUUCUUUCUCUUAAAAGGAAAAUACUACUACCAGGUGAGAGGAACUGCUAUGGGGACGGCUUGUGCCCCCUCAUAUGCCAACCUCCACCUGGGAUGGUGGGAGAGAUCAAAGGUAUUUGAAGGAGGAUUUGAGGGGUAUACCAGAUAUGUCACAAUGUGGAAGCGUUAUAUUGAUGACCUACUGGUAAUAUGGACAGGCACAAAAGAACUGUUCUAUGAAUUUGUAGAUAGACUUAACUCCAAUGAUAUUAAUCUUAAGUUAACCUCUGAAGUGAGUGACAAGCAAAUUAACUUCCAUGAUAUCUCAAUUAGCACGGACAGAGAUGGUCAAUUAGCAAUGACCCUCUUCCGCAAGCCUACGGCUACAAAUAACCUUCUCGAUUGGGAGAGCCACCACCCGCCAGCACUGAAGAAGGGCAUACCAGUGGGGUAGUAUCUCCGUCUUAGACAGAACUGUUCCUCAACUGAGGAUUUUAAAGGACCACUAUAGUACCAGGAAAACAUACUCAUUUUCCUGGCACUAUAGUGCCCUGAGGGUGCCCCCACCCUCAGGGUCCCACUCCCGCCGGGCUCUAGGGGAAGGAAAGGGUUAAACUUACCUCUUUCUCCAGCGUUGGGCAGGGAGCUCUCGUCCUCCUCUCCACCUCCUCUCCUCCUCCUCGGCUAAAUGCGCAUGCGCGGCAAGAGCCGCGUGCGCAUUCAGCCAGUCUCAUAGGAAAGCAUUCACAAUGCUUUCCUAUGGACGCUGGCGUCUUCUCACUGUGAUUUUCACAGUGAGAAGCACGCAAGCGCCUCUAGUGGCUGUCAAUGAGACAGCCACUAGAGGCUGGAUUAACCCUAAUAUAAACAUAGCAGUUUCUUUGAAACUGCUAUGUUUACAGCAGGCAGGGUUAAUCCUAGAUGGACCUGGCACCCAGACCACUUCAUUAAGCUGAAGUGGUUUGGGUGCCUAUAGUGGUCCUUUAAGCUGAAGGCCAGAGCAGUUCGACAACAAUUCAAAGUCAAAGGUUACCCUAAUAAAUGUUUCAAAAAGGCUUACAAAUGAGCACUACUAGCAAAUAGAACUGAUCUUUUAAAGGAAGACACCCCUAAAAAACUACACAAGAACAGAUCAGAUGCAUAGGGAACUUUGACGCAGGAUGGUAUACAGUCAAAAGCAUCCUCGAAAGAUUCUGGCCUCUCCUCCAUCAGGACAAUCAUCUCAACACAGUACUCUCACCAUAUGUAUCAGUUACAGCAAGACGUGGGCAUAACCUUAGAGAUAUCUUGAUCCCAAGCCAUUUUUCAACAAAUCCUAAAAUUUGCCGUUGGCUUAAGUCUCCCCACACUGGCACCUAUCAGUGUUGGAGAUGUAAAGCCUGUAGAUUUAUAGACAGAAACUGUAAAAGUUUCUCUAUUUCACCAAUACUGAAACAUGCACUACUGACACAUUUUUCAACUGUCAGACUACAGGAAUUAUAUAUCUCCAGACAUGUAGCUGCCAGAAAUUCUAUGUAGGAGAGACCUGCCGCGCCUUCAAAAAAUGCAUACUUGAACAUGUCAACUCGGUCAACCCCUCCAGGCACAUUGACACACCCAUUUCAAAACACCUCAAAUUGCACCAUGAAGGUUCCUCUGAAGGUAUACGUUUUAGUGACAUCAAAAAAUACUGUGGGAGACAGAAAGGGUGACAUUGACAAAAGAAAAAGAGCUUUUGGAUAUUCAAAUUAAAAACUUUAUUCCCUCUCGGUCUGAAUGAGGGCUUCUCGUACACCUCGUUCAUUUCAGAAUAGUCCAUAGAUUCAUGCAAUAAUGUAAUAUAGCACUGUAUAUAAUUUCUCACCACAGUAUCCUGUUUAGAGUAGAAUGAUAUAUUUUGUUAUUUUUUUGUAACAUACUUAAUUUACUUAUAUUUAUUUGUAUGGGAAUUUGGUCUGGUUACCUUUUUCCAGCAUGUACCCUUUUGUUGUGGUUUAUAUGGCCUCUCAAUCCAUAUGGAGGCUUUUCCUAUUGCAGUAAGGACCAAGCUACGAUUAAACAGCAGGAAACACUCUUAAUCUUGCCUUCACCAACCUCUGUACUGCUUCUAAUCUCUCCAAUAUUCCUUUUCCUCUAUCUGACCACCAUUUGCUGACUUUUGACAUUGGCAUACCUAAGACCCAAUUGACACCAUCGUCUGAACAUCACUCUCACAGAAACCUCCAAUGUCUUAAUCUAGAGCAUUUCUCCACUAAUCUCCAAGCUCUCCUUUUACCUGUCUCAAACCUCACCUGUCCUAGUUCUGCAACCUCCUUCUACAAUUCCACCCUCUCCUCUCAACUAGACAUCAUGGUACCUUGCACAUUUAAAUGCUGCAGGCGCCCCCAACAACAACCCUGGCACACCAAGCUCACUCGAUACCUCCAAAAAUGCUCCAGAACUGCUGAACGCUGUUGUAGAAAGUCUCACUGUGCAUCUGACCUUCUCCACUAUAAAGUUAUGCUGAGCUCAUACAGCUUGGCUCUUUCCUCUGCAAAAGUUAAUUACUUCAAUACCCUCAUAACCACGCUCUCCCGUGAACCCAAAGACUAUUUCACACAUUUAACUCUCUUCUUCGCCCUGCUGUUCCUCCUCCACCUACUAACUUGACCGCCUCAGACUUUGCAACUCACUACACUGACAAGAUCUCUACAAUCAGAGAAGAGAUAUCUCAUAUUUCUUCUUCCCCUUACAAUACUUCCUCUAACUUCACUCCCUCUGCUGUUCUAUGUUCAUUUGCACCCUCUACAUUGGAAGAGGUUUCUGCUCUGCUCCAGUACUCCUGCCCCACCACCUGCUCCCUAUAUCCAAUUCCCUUGCAUCUCAUCCGUACUCUGUCUUCUUCUCUUUCUCCACCUCUCACUAAAAUUCUCAAUCUCUCUCUUUUCUCAAUCUUGACCCUAACUCCCCAUCCAACUAUCGUCCUAUCUCGCUACUGCCUUUUGCAUCCAAGAUCCUUGAAAGAAUUGUGUAUGUGAGAUUGACAGACUUCCUCGAGUCCAACUCUUUGCUAGACCCGCUUCAGUCUGGUUUCCGCAAUAAGCACUCUGUGGAAACGGCACUGACCAAAGUAUCCAAUGCUCUAGUCGCUGCAAAAUCCACGAUAGCUCAUGCCAGCAAUAAAAUAACAUAUCAGAAAUCAACAACAUGGCUUCUAGUGAGAUUGCACAUUUUUUGUAGUAUUUGUGUCAUUCAGUCUAGUUUAUCACAUAUAGUUUGGAAAAGGAAGGUGUUAAGACGCCGGCCCGCAUUUUAAAGUUAGCUAUCUACGGAACUUAACAGGAGCUCGAUGUUUCGUAAGACUAGUUGGGCUUAGAGUUGUAAAGUAGGAGUUCUAUUGAACCUACAGAUAUACUAGGUGAACUGAAUCUAUCAUAUUAGCAUACAGCUGAGCUUUGUAGGUUAUUCAAAGUACAUUUAGAGCAGUAAUCAUGCCCAGCUUUGUAGCAUCUGCAAUCUGUAGCAUCAGCACUUUACUCGUCAUUCUAAGCCCAUAGAUGGGGGGCUGAUUGUCAAAGGGAUGGGGAGUCCGUGUGUUAAGUGAAGUGUGGUCUGGGACUGAAGGACCCGUCGCUCGUUGGGGAGUACUGCUCGUGGUAGGGGGGGUUAAUGCCUUCUGGUGUGUGGGUAGGGUUUUGGCUAUGUGAGGUGAGUCUGUCAGAUGUGUGUGUGUGGUUGGGAGCUUGGGGUCUGGUUGUGAUAGUCCAUGUGGUCUCCGAGACUCUUUGGAUACCGUUGGUGCCCGGGUUUGGUGUUGGUCCCCUCUAAUGCCUCAGGGUUUUGCGGGCUUAUGGUGUCCUGUCGGGGGAUUGCGAUUCCCUGGCUGGGUCUUGUGUGAUUGUCUGCGUGUCCCAUCUGUUUUAGUUAGUACAGCCGUUGGAGUGUCGCCCUUGUGUUGUGUGGGUUUGGGUGUGUUUGAGGGUGCUAUGUUGCAGUGUAAUACCUUAUUUGUGUAAGGUAGUGGUAGUGUAGGUGGGUCUUAUCCGUUGGGUGGUUCGUGUUGACAGCGGUCUCUGCACGUAGCGUUAGCAUAAAAUCAUAACAACAAGUUAGGAAAUCAAGAAAAUAAAAACGUAAACUUGAGAAGCGCAACCAGUAAGUUUAACCAACCCAGUGAGGGUAAGCUGCAAGUCUGUCUUUGCAUGCCUCUAGGAGAGUUCAAGUAGUGGAGUCUCCAUAGGCGGCUGAUGUUGCUCCCCGAGGUAUGAACGGGAUCACUGCUGCUGGGUCCCAUGUGUGGGGUGGGGAGGAAGUAGGGCCUGGUUGUGCCAUGGUCAGAGCGUCCUUCGGUAGCCCCAGAGUGGGGAGAAGAGCCUGUGCCUCCUGAAGGCCUCCACAGGUACCUUGCUGGAGUUCUACCGUGCGCUGUAUUUUCCAUCUGUACUUGAUGCCUUUAGAUCGGAGGAGGGAAGUAAAGGUCUGGAGUGAUCUCCUCCAUGCCAUUGUGCUCCCAGAUAAGUCUGCAAAGAAUGUGAGCGGCAUGCCUUCGAAGGUGUACGGUGUGUGGUUCCGGACGGCGGCCAUGACAGCUGCUUUGUCCUUGCCGCUUUGGAAUCUGACCAGGAGGUCUCUUGGUGCUGAGGCUGGUGCUUUAGGCGACUUUUGCAGGUGGAAUAUUCCCUCCAGUCCCACCUGUUUUGCUUGCUUAGGUGAUAUUAGCGCUGUGAGUAGUCUCCUUAGGAGGUGUGGUAGCUCUGUCUCCGGUCUGUUCUCUGAUAUGCCUCUAAUUUUGAGGUUUAGUCUGCGCCUCUGGUCUUCUAGUAUUGAAAACCUUGUGUUUGAUUUUGCCUGUUGUAGUUGUAGGUCGUGAACUGCCCGUUGGAGUUCCGCUGUUUGCUGGGUGUUAUGGCGUGUGUCAUUUUCCAGCGCCCCCAUGCGGCUUGUGAGGCCUGGUAUGUCUUUCCGGAGGUUGGCCAUGUCUGCUUGUAUUGUGCGCUGGAGGUCUGCAAUCAGAUCCCUCAUGAUCGCCGUUGUCACCGGGGCUGAGUCUGGGUGAGAGGUCUGAUGGCCCUCUGCUCCGGCGGGUAUCCCGCUGUCAGCCCCAGGGAGAUGUCAUCGGAAAUCUCUGUGUCGUCGUCUGAGAAAUCGGCCAUUUUAGGGUCCAUGCCGCUCUGGGCCUGGCGCCAUAGGUCUCCUUUAUUCAUGCCCAUUUUCUGCUUAUCGGGUCUGGGCUUCUUAGUUUUUCUCCCCAUGUCAUAGGGGUCAGUUGCAGGUAUGUGAUAUGUGUGUUGGGGGUAUUAUAAAACCCUUUAAUUGCCAGUUAAAUCGGUUGUCUGCACGGAGCUCAUGUAACGUGCGUCCAUCCAGGUCAGUGGCUUGGUUUCGCCCCCAACGGUUUUUAAGAUAAUCUUUAUUUUGGGCACAUUUAUUUAUUAUUUAUUUUGUUUGUCUAACAUGUCUGGUUAUCUCCAACAUGCUUAGCGGCAUGAUGACCUAAUAAUCUCUUCACAUUUUCAUUUUUUUCCUCUACCUGUCUAGUAAGAUUUAAAGGGAGAGAAGCUGUUCUAUUUUUUAACUUACUCUAUAUACUUCGGUCCUACUUUAUCCAAGUUUAAUAUUUUCAGCCUAUAUUGGCCAUUUAUAAUAAAGCCAGUUAUAUGCUGAUUGUUUUACAUUAGUAACAGUAUUUAUUUUUGCGUUUGGAUUAUUGUAGGAGGCAGAGGGUAACCUUAUAAGGCUGGACUUUAUUAGUCAUUAUCCCCGCAUUGGUGGUGUUACUUUCAAUAUCACUACCUUGAUCCUCCAUCCAUUCAGGAUACUGUUUUAAUAUUCAUGAGGCUCCAUCUCCAAACAGUGGAGAUGCUCUUGUCUCAAUUUCUUUUUUGUCUAAGUAUAGGGGUUAAGCCUCGAGACACCCCUGGAGUGUCUCACUGGUGUAUCAAUUCUAGGACAGGGGACACUUGCUCUUUUAGGCAGGUAUUCUGGUGUGCCCCCUGUCACUGAAUUUGUUUUUUUAUUUUUUGAGUACUCUGAGCAAUUGUCUGCCUUUUGAGGUUGUUGUUUUUUUUUUUAUUUGUGAACAAAAUUUUAUUGGUUGAUUCACAAUGUUAGUAUGAAAGGUUGGUCUAUAGGUUAGGUGUCAAUAUUGGUCUUGCAGGACCUCUUACAUAAACUCAAUAACUGUAUAAUCGGGGACUCACAGGUCCAGUUGUUAACAAUGCUCAUGACAAGGAAAAAACUGUGUCAGUUGUAUUUGAAAACAUAAAUAGUUAACAUAAAGAGCAAAUGAUCAUAUGAGUUAAGUUACUGUAUGUUCCUGGUGACCCAUCAGUUUGGAGUUAACUUUGCCCCAGCAACCCCCUCCACCCCCUCCACCCUUCAUAUCCGACCAUUAGUGACCCAUAGACCGUCCCGUACGGACUAAGAUAUCCUCUGGGCAAAGCCUCUCUCUUGUUUGCAGCAGCCUGCCAGGCUGGUGACCCAAGACAUCAGUGAAGGGCUAGUGUAUUUUCCCCAUCACCUCCCGCCCCCCCCCUUCAGCAAGGAUUACCUGCAGUCAAUCUAUAUGUGAGCAAUUACUAAAGUUCUUCUAUAUAGGCUGAAGUCAGUCACUGUAUCCAGAUGGUGUAUAUCUGUAACCGAUCCUGAGCUGAGAGAGUAAGCUCUUCUACCUGUCUCAAGUCCUCCAUUUUGGUAUACCAAAGAUGACAGGGCGGUGGGGUGUCCAUCUCCAGCACAGGGGAAUUACCUGCUUAGCUACAAUGAGAAUGCAUAUGGUGACGGAUUUUUUUGCAUCGAGAAGUUGGGACUGUGGUGUGGUUCAGAAGAAAAGGGGCAUGGUAUAGAUUUGGCGUAUUGUCUGAGAAUUUUUGUAGGAUGGCAUGGAUAGCCACCCAGAAUGGUCUUAUCUGUGGGCAUUCCCACCAUAUAUGUAGAAAUGUGCCUAUAUAGGACUGGCAGCACCAGCAAAGGCCAUCUAGGCUGGGGUUGAUGGUCCUUAGGAGUUGUGGUGUUUUAUACCAAAUAUGCUGUUUCCCAUGUCUUGCUCGCCAGGGCACAGUGGUAUACCAGUUCACAGAUCUUUUUUCAGUAGUUUGGCGUAAAGGUUUUCCCAAUGGCAGUUUCUGAUUUCCUUAUAAAGAAGGAUGGUGGUACGGUCCUAUUGAGCUGGAGUGUAGAGUAUAGGUAUGAGACUGAGUGUGGCAUGAUCCUAGUGUCAAUACCGGGAAGUCCAGAUGCCUAUCAGGGGAUAGUAAGCUGCCUCUUAAGUUUAGCUCUACUGAGCUAAACAUUCAGGAAGUAACAGGACAGGUUGUCUGAUAGACAGCCAGGGUGUGUAAUAAGAUUAAUUUGUGCUAAAGUGCCAAUUUCUAGAGGACACACUCUUCACUCAUAUAGCACACCAGCAAGUUGACAUGUUUGAGGGGCCCAGAGUGUCUCUUUACGUGUCUUGAGAAGAUCCUGGUUCUAGCAGGUUCUAUUUAGGAACAGUACAUGUAUUUUUAGGCAUAUUACAUGAUUUACGGUUAGUUAGUAUGAAGUAUUGAGUCCUGCUAUGUCCCAAGAUAAAAAGGUGAACAAUUUUUGAGUUUGUGCAAGUUCCUGGAUGGAAGAGUGACCGUGGUAUUAUUAAGGUCACAUUUUGCUUGAUAACAUUUCAGCAUCUGGAAAAAUGGCCUAGAAGAAUACUUAAUAAUUUCGUGUGAGAAGAAAAGGACUUAAUAAUUGUAUAUAUACAGUAUCUCAGAAAAGUGAGUACACCCCUCACAUUUUUGUAAAUGAUUUAUUAUAUCUUUUCAUGUGACAACACUGAAGAAAUUACACUCUGCUAAAAUGUAAAGUAGUAAGUGUACAGCCUGUAUUUUGCUAUCCUCUCAAAAUAACUCAACACACAGCCAUUAAUGUCUAAACCAUUGGCAACAAAAGUGAGUACACCCCAAAAGUGGAAAUGUCCAAAUUGGGCCCAAAGUGUCAAUAUUUUGUGUGGCCACCAUUAUUUUCCAGCACUGAUUUAACCCACAUGGGCAUGGAGUUCACCAGAGCUUCACAGAUUGCUACUAGAGUCCUCUUUCACUCCUCCGUGACGACAUCACGGAGCUGGUGGAUGUUAGAGACCUUGAGCUCCCCCGCCUUCCAUUUGAGGAUUCCCCACAGAUGCUCAAUAGGGUUUAGGUCUGGAGACAUGCUUGGCCAGUCCAUCACCUUUACCUUCAGCUUCUUUAGCAAGGCAGUGGUCAUCUUGGAGGUGUGUUUUGGGUCGUUAUCAUGUUGGAAUACUGCCCUGCGGCCUUGUCUACGAAGGGAGGGCAUCAUGCUCUGCUUCAGUAUGUCACAGUAUAUGUUGGCAUUCAUGGUUUCCUCAAUGAACUGUAGCUCCUCAGUGCUGGCAGCACUCAUGCAGGCCCAGACCAUGACACUCCCACCACCAUGCUUGACUGUAAGCAAGACACACUUGUCUUUGUACUCCUCACCUGGUUGCCACCACACACGCUUGCCACCAUCUUGACCAAAUAAGUUUAUCUUGGUCUCAUCGGACCACAGGACAUGGUUCCAGUAAUCCAUAUCCUGAGUCUGCUUGUCUUCAGCAAACUGUUUGCAUGGUUUCUUGUGCAUCAUCUUUAGAAGAGACUUCCUUCUGGGAUGACAACCAUGCAGACCAAUUUGAUGUAGUGUACGGCAUCUGGUCUGAGCACUAACAGGUUAACCCCCCCACCCCUUCAACCUCUGCAGCAAUGCUGGCAGCACUCAUACGUCUAUUUCCCAAAGACAACCUCUGGACAUGACGCUGAGCACGUGCAUUUAACUUCUUUGGUCGACCAUAACAUGGUUCUGAGUGGAACCUGUCCUGUGAAACCGCUGGAUGGUCUUUCCCACCGUGCUGCAGCUCAAUUUCAGGGUCUUGGCAAUCUUCUUAUAGCCUAUGUCAUCUUUAUUCUUUUUUUCCGAUCCUCAGAGAGUUCUUUGCCAUGACCUGCUCCCCAUUCACACCUGAGACCCUGUAACACUAACAAUUCACAUGACACCAGGGAGGGAAAAUGGCUAAUUAGGCCCAAUUUGGACAUUGCCAACGGUUUAGACAUUAAUGGCUGUGUGUUGAGUUAUUUUGAGGGGACAGCAAAUUUACACUGUUAUACAGGCUGUACACUUACUACUUUACAUUGUAGCAGAGUGUCAUUUCUUCAGUGUUGUCACAUGAAAAAAUAAAAUAAAAUAUUUACAGAAAUGUGAGGGGUGUACUCACUUUUAUGAGAUACUGUAUAUACAUACAUAACUAUGACAUUAAAGACACUACAAAAUAGUUCUCUACUAUCUGACCAAAGUUUACUUUCUCUCUAAGGGCAGCACCAUUUCAUUUCCGACCCAUGAGGCACAGCUGUGUGGCUUACAGAGUCUGGAACUUCUUGAUCUACUCUUUGAUUGUCAGGAUGGAAUCUUACGCAAUGAAGAUUUGUCUGCAGGGUCUGGGUGGUCGGCUUCAGAACCAAGUGUAAGUGUAUACAGACAGACCAUUAUAUUUUCAUUAUCAUUGUAUUUCUUUGGUCACCAAUCACAAUUUUCGCACACGCAGAUAACCACACAUGAUAAAGAAGCACUUUUAUCCUCCUUGCUGGCAUCAGCUGACUCUCCCUCAGACUCUACUCUAUGGUCUCCAUCGGCAAGUGAUAGUGGAAUCUCUGAAGACGCCCACUCAGAACAGAAGGACAGUCCAUCCCAACAUCAGUACGAGGACGCUUGCCAUAAAAUGUCAGAUGUAGGGUGGCUAACUGAAGCAGAUGUUUCCCUAGAUCUGGGUAAGCAUUGGAGGUACAAAUCAUGAAUCAGAUAAAAGGUAAACUGGCUAGUUAGGCAAUGGCAGAUGGAAUACUCUGAAUGUGGAAAAUAUGUAGUAUCUUAGCUAUAGCUUAUUGUUGGUAAAUUGUUAAUACGCAGAUGCUUUGGAUGUGAUAUGAGAUGCUGUGUAAUUACUGAGGGAUCUGCCGUUGAUACAUAUAUGGAAAGAAAUGGCAUAACCUAAAUUGGCCUCUUUAUGACACAUUUACUUAUUUUAAUCUAUAACAGCAAACGGACCUCAACAAAUCUCUUUCUAACCAGUAUGCCACAUGUGAGUUUUUUCCCCAUCAUUUCACUUGUCAUAUGUCAGUCAAGAUCACAGUUAAAUGGCAGUUUUGAACUCUUGUGGUUUUCCUUAAAAUAUAUACUAUGUGUAGCCUAUGUACUACAGUUGUAAUCAAAAUUAUUCAACCCCCAUUGAAAAUCAGUUUUAUUGUCAAACGUUACAGACUUUCAGCUGUUUGCAAUGAACAAAUUGUUAUUAUUAUUAUUUAUAAAGCACCAGCAAAAUUCUGUAGAGCUGUACAAUGGGUGAACUAACAUUAACAGACACGUAAUUGUAACCAGACAAGUUGGACACACAGGAAGAGAGGGGUUGAGGGCCUGCUCAAUGAGCUUACAUGCUAGAGGGAUCAAACAAAACAAAAUCAAAUAAAAGUAAGUGAAAUAGAUUAACACAACUAAUGCUUCAAGUGGUUUCUCAAAAUUCAGCUGAAAAUUCAACUUUUACAGAUAUAGAUGGGGGUUUCCAUUCGCCCUCAUUGUCACUCACAAAGGCGUAACAUAUACAAUCACAACACACCAGGAUGUAAUGCCAUUUAUUCAACUCACAGAAGUACGUAUCAUGGAUUGGUACGCCCCUGACCCAGCACAGAUGACUAGCCAGCAAUCUCAAAGAGGACGCCCCUCACCAAAGAAUCAAAGAAUUGGACAGACGGAUUCACGUCACCGAGAAGACAGCUACUCAGAUCCGAAGAAUACGGAGUAACCUGAGACACAGUAGUGCGCAGAAGAUCCAGAGGAACCUCCAUACUGCCAACAACUAACUGACAUAGAAUAUCCCAUUUCCUACCCUUCCACAGACAUCACCCUUACAAAUCCUAACACGUUGGAUUUUAAGAUGGACUAUUGAACUUGAUCAGCUCUCCUACCAACACCAGCAGGACUACCCCAGGCAGCCGGAUAAGACAUCCACUGUUUCAUAUUUAUACGCUUCAGAGACGGCAUCUAUUAGGCUAUCACGUAGAUUACUGACUGUUUACACUAACCUGUGAGAAUGCCCCAAAUACAGGACAUACGGACUCACUGAACUUAACCUCAGGUAGUGUUUCAUAGACUCCAGUCUUCAUCUGAAGGGUCGUAUAGCAGCAUAUGCCACUCAUUUUAUGCAAAUUUUCCCAAUGCAAUGCCAUGUCUAUGUAUAAUAGCAAUGUAAUUUUAUUUUGGAAGGGCGCAUGGGGUUGCUAUGUUCGCCCUAGGGGGGCAUACAUGGAUGAGAGACAGGGACCACAGAACUAGGUUUAUCACAAUUCAGGGGUAACAGAGAGGGGAGGGGGGCAACAGUAAAGCAUAAGCAGGCAUGGAAAUACUAACAGAAUACAAUCAUGUGGUAUAACUCUAUAUAACUACCUCUGGACUCAGCGCACACAUCAAAACUGCAACUACCCUCAGGCUUUUACACUACAAAAUCUACAACUAACACACUUAUAAUAUUGUCAGUUGACAACAACUAUAUCAACACGCUAAUAGGCGCACAAAUUCCACCUGUACACUAGCAAACGAAGCAAAGUGCUCCUUCACCCCCCCUCCAAUAAUACCAGCGGUGUCACACACCCUUACAUUGACCCUCUGUGGUAUCGGGAAUACUGCAGAGGCCGACAUCAGCCAAUACCAGUUCUUUGGGUCACUCAGUACCCUAGAAUUGAAAUCUUGUAUAUAGUUUUAUUGUUACUUGUUUAUACCUGGUACCAAAACAACUCCCCACAACUACUUAGGCCGCAAGCCGAAAUACAAGGGAGAAACGAUACAGUCAAGAAAAGUUUUUCACACUUCACACUAGCACCGGAGAGGCACCCCAUUCAUACUCUUACCUAUCCCCUUCCCAGCAGACAUGACAUUACCGCCGGCCACCAUCACUAUCCUCACACACAAUGCUAGGGGCCUCAAUAUACCCGAGAAACGAUACCUUGCCUUGGCAGAUUACCACAAACAGAAGGCCGAGGUAGUUUUUGUCCAGGAGACUCAUUUCAGAACAGGUUCAGCUUCCUCACUCAGGGUCCAAAUCCAGGGGAGUGGAAAUCAUACUGAAUUCUCACAUACAAGGAACACGCAAAAGAUGAGCAAGGGAGAUUCACCACGACCACCUUAGCAAACAUAUAUCUACCCAAUAGGAAACAACUCUCAGCUCUCAACAAGAUACUCAAAAAACUGGGGUCUUUCACAGAGGGACUCUUAAUCCUAGGGGGGGACUUCAAUAUCUCACUAGACAGCACUCUAGAAACUACCUCCCACGCUCACACAUACCUCGCAUCAACUAGAUCAAAUACCCAACGCCUAUUAGACUCGCACCAACUAUUCGACUGUUGGAGAUCAUGUCACCCAUCUCAAAGGGAUUACUCUUAUUCCUCUCAUACAACAGGCUCUUACUCGAGGAUUGACUUGUUCUUCCUCCCCCACAGGUUCCUCAACCUGAUAUCCUCUUGCUCAUAUGGCCCGAUCACCCGGUCUGACCAUGCUCCACUUGCCAUGACCAUAACUAUCCCUUCCUUAUACAAGUCAAGGUCCCAAUGGAAACUUAAUGACACACUCCUAAAUCACCCUGAAAUAUUCAACCGCCUUUCAGCAGAAUUAGACCACUUUUUCGCCAACAACCAACACCCCAAAUCCACUUACCCGAAUAGCUGGGAGGUGCACAAAUGCACAAUCAGGGGUACACUCAUCCAACUGGCCUCCAAUCAUAAAAAGCAACAGAUCACACAUGUAACGCAACUCCUUAGGGAAAUCAGGGGGCUGGAGCAGACUCACAAAGCCAACCUAACUCUGGAUACAUACAAAACACGAUCCAAAAAAGAACAGAACUCAACAUUCACCUAAGUACCCAAACCAAACGUAAACUGACACUCACGAAGAGCCUUUACUACGCACAGGGAGGCAAAUGCAAAAAAAAAAAAGAGAACCUUUAUAGCCGCUAUUAAAAAUAGAGAGGGCAAAAAUUCUCACCUCAUGCCAGACAUAACCAAGGCCUUCCAUGACUUCUAUUCCUCACUAUAUAAUUUAAGGACCACCCCCUCUCCACUAGAGGACAUCCAAGAGUUUCUCGCAAGUAGAAUUUCGGCCACCAUACCGGCUAACCUUAGGCACUCCCUGGACCAACCUCUUUCCAUUCAAGAAUAUCAAGAGACGAUCAAACGUUUACCAUUGGGGAAAAGCCCAGGCCCAGAUGGCUUUAUGGCAAAAUACUAUAAAAUAUUUUCAACACAGCUGGCACAACCCUUCCUAAAUUCAUUUAACUACCUAUUGCAAUGCUCCACUCUCCCACCACAAUCACUAAAUUCCAACAUCACACUCUUGUCCAAACCAGGCAAAGAUCUCACACAAUGCAGAAGUUAUAGACCUGUAAAAUCUGGUUUGAACGAUUGGCAACAUUAAAUCUUCUUAAUUUCUUCUUGUCUUCAGUUGAUUGCUAUAUAUAUACGUCUUUUGUAUAUAUAGUCUUGGGCCAAAUGCUCGCCACAAUAAUAUAUGUCUAUAUUAUUGAAAAGUACUAAUACGCAAUCUGACUUACGGUUUCUUCAGGUUUAUUCUUAGUUACUAAUACAUAAUAAAACAACAAAGGAUGUUACAGGAUAAUGGAUGUUCAUCAGCAGAUGGUAAUUGCUGUACUUCUGAUGGGAGAGUUACAUCGUUGUACAGAGCCAAGAGCCAAGAGAGAGCGACCUUGUGUCCCUCUGUUACUAUAUAGAUGUGCCCAUACUGACAUUAGAGUUUAACUCUAGCCAUAUAAGGACAAAACCCCCAACUUACAUUCCAUAGCUCUCGGACAAAGAAAGCCUUGUGACUUAUACCAUCUGUUACUUAUGUCAAUCCACACAUCCAUAUAUAAUCAUUAGAAACAUAGAAUAUGCAAUAUUCUACAGACCAAUAUCCCUAAUUAACAUUGACCUCAAAUUAUUCACCAAAAUUUUAUCCAAUCGCUUACGAUGAUUGUGAGAGGGAGAUGAGGAGAGGGAGGGUGGGUGAUUGUGAGAGGGGGUAGGUGAUGGUGUGGGGGUCCUGAGAGGAGCUCAGGGAGGAGGGUGAGGAUGAUGAGAGUGAGGGGUCAUAGUGAGGGAGUGAGAGGGGGUGUGAUGAGAGGAGAGUAUUGAGGAGGAGGGGGUGAUGGGGAGAAGGAGAGUGAGUGAUUAUGGAGAGGGAGGGUGAUGAGGAGAGAGAGGGUGGGUGAUUGUGUGAGAGGGAGGGGGAUGUGAGUGUGGGGGUGAAGUGAGAGGAGGCUCAGGAGGGAUGGAGGGUGAUUUGUGAGGGGGUGAUGUGAGAGGGAGGAGGUGAUUGGAGGAGGGGGUGGUGUGAGGGAGGGUGGGUGAGUGAGGAGGGAAGGGUGUGAGAGGGAGGGUGAUGAGGGAGGGAGGUGGGUGAUUGUUAGAGGGUGUGGUGAGAGGGAGGGGUUAAUGAGGGAGAGGGAGGGUGAUUGUGGGAGGGGGUGGGUGAUGGUGAGGGGGGUGAGAUGGUGUGGGGGGGUCUCAUAGAGAGAAAGGGGGGUGAUGAGGAGAGGGGGGGUGAUGCAGCGGGGACUAAAAAAUUACCUUAAAUCCCUGGUGGUCCAGUGGGGGCUGCCUGGUGGUUCGGUGGGGUCCCUGGUGGUCCGGUGGCCAUCAUUUCCGGUCUGCAGCUCCGCAGAGCUGCAGACCAUUUAUCUUGGGAGACCCAAUCAGAGCGUUGCCGUGGUAACCCUUGGCAACGCUCUGAUUGGGCAGUGCUCGCGAGACACAUGGUCUGCAGCUCUGCACACUGCGGAGCUGCAGACCGCUGGUCUUGGCGAUGGGUGCAGGAGGGGCAAUGCAGUCUGCCCCAGGCACCCCCCUAGUGAGUGGCACCCAGGACGGACCGCCCCCCCCGCCCCUCCCUUAGUAUGCCACUACAUCAACCCUCAGGCACAGCAUCACACAUCUGGUGGUCCUGCCCAGAAAUACAAAUCUACUGGAGGCGCAUUUCUAGCCUCAUACAGACGAUACUGGGGGAAAAACUGACCACAACCCCAGAUUCUUUCAUCUUCCUUCUCCCACCACCAAACUUUCCCAAAGAAAAAACUCAACUACUCCUACAUUUGAUAACAGUGGGAAACCAAUUGAUCUCUAUAUACUGGAAAAAAAUCAAUCCCGCCGCACAUAAGAGAUUGGAUCCAAAGAGUGGAAACUAAUCAAGGGCUUCAUUAGUUGAACCAGAUGUCCUUGAGUUGGAACACUUGAAACUGAACUGGCUAGGGGUUUGUUGAGUGUCACGUUUGAAUGCAUGUUAGAAUAUGAGUGAAUUAGUCAAAAGAAUGGUUUACAAAGUUAAGAGAAGACAUCAGGAUACAAAAAGAUAGCAAAGGUAUCCAAUGUUCCUAGAAACAUUGUUGUAAGCAUAGUUUGCAAGUUUAAAGUUGAAGGAACAGUGAUUACAGUACCUGGACAGGGCAGAAAAAGGAAGCUAUCAACGACUGCAACCAGAUUUCUGAGAAAGCAUGUUGUAAUUAACCUUUGGGUGACUGCAAAAAACCUGCUGCAAGACUUGGUGGCAAGAGGCACUGAAGUUUCAUUGAGCAUAGUAAGGCGCAUACUAAACACAGAAGGUUUCUGUGCCAGUACUCCAAGACGUACACCAUUACUGACCCAAAAGCACAAGAAAAGCCUGCUCCAGUAUACUCAAAAUCAUAUAAAUAGGCAACAAAAAUUUUGAAAUUCUGUUCAGUGGAGCGAUGAAACAAAACUGGAACUUUUCGGCCAAAUGGAUCAAUGGUAUGUCUGGAGGAAAAGAAUGAAGCAUACACUGAAAAGAACACUCUGUCUACAGUUAAGCCUGGUGGUGGUUCAAAGAUGUUCUGGGGCUGAUUUGUAUCCUCCGGGACUGGAAACCUGAAGUGUGUGAAGGGCAAGAUGGAUUCAAUAAAUUAUCAGGAAAUCUUACGAGAAAAUGUCAUGCUGUCUGUGAGGAAGCUAAAGUUUGGGCGUCAUUGGAGCUUAACAAGACAAUGAUCCCAAGCACACCUCAAAUUCCACCAAGGGUUGGUCACAGAUGAAGUCCCGGAAUAUUCUACAGUGGCCAUCACAGUCACCUGACUUGAACCCCAUAGCUAAUCUCUGGUGGGAUUUAAAGAAGGUGGUUGCAGCACGCAAGCCCAAGAAUAUUACUUAACUGGAGGCCAUGAGCAGUUGGCUAAGAUUGGUCAGGAACACUAGCAGAAGCAGGUGUCUGGCUAUGCAUCUCAUUUGCAGAAGGUCAUAAGGGUGCUCUACACAGCACUAAAGAUGCUUGCCAUGAAGGGCUUGAAUAAUUGUGAGACUGGAAAAAUCAUAAUAAGUUGCAUUUUCAGUUGAAUUUGGGGGAACCACUUGAAGCAUUCGUUGUGUUGAGCUAUUUCAAUUGAUUUUGUUUGAUUUGUUCACUGCAAACAUCUGAAAGUCUGUAAAAUUUUACAGUAAACCUGAUUUUCAAUGGGGCUUGAAUUAUUUUAAUUACAACUGUAUAUAUAUACUGUAUAUAUGUGCUAUAUACCAGUAUAGUCCAGUGGUCAAUGUCAGAUAAUCAAGCACGUGACCUACAAUGUUUUGUUAGAAUAUCUGUGGAACCAACAAAUGUUUUCUUCAGGUGGCACAUUUUAACCACACUUGUACUUAUUCUACUCCAGAUAUGUGGGGUGAACAAUACUACAAGGGUGACGGUCUUGGACUACCUUCUCAACCUGCUGACCCCUACCACCAGCUAACAGUGAAAGAUCUUCUUUUAUCCAACAGCUGUGAUAUGGUAUGAAACAGAGCCCACGUAUGUUCAGAGCUAUGCAAACUUUACCAUCUGUACAACACCCCUCCAGUGCAUAAUGCUCAUUGGCUCUUUUUACGCCUCAAUUAACAUUUUUUUUACAUGUAUUUAGCAACAGGUAGCAGUUUCCCCGCAUAAAAGUUGUAGCUUUGGGACUGGUGGUGAGCUUCAACUGACUGAGGAUGAGAGAAAACUUCUCAGCAAAGAGGGGGUAACAUUGCCUACCCAGCUUCCUCUCACUAAGGUAAGCACACCACCAAGGGUAUAAUUAUUGUUUCUUGUCACAUAUUACCAAAACUUUUUGAAAUCCUAGUAUAAAAUGAAGUAAGCUAUUAACCAUCAUUAUUAGCAGCCCGUUAACGACUGGACCAUGCAGGAGGCGCUGAUGUAGCACUGUCUGCAUGGCCCUAGUGCCUCUAUACAGCACAUGUGCGUUUAAUGAUGUGCUCGCACUGUGCUGCCCGGGGACAUUUUUCUGGUGUUCCUGAAUGUCAGAUACCAGGGGACUAUAGGGAUGGUGAGACAGGACCCUGAGAUCAGGACUGUCCUGCCAAAAGCGGGACUGUUGGAGGUACAGAGUAGGGCUGCAUAAAAAGUGAUAUAACUCCUAAAUUGCAGAGAAUUGAACAGUGGGACUGCAGAAGCAUCAUCUAUACACCAAAACUACUUUGUGGUGCUUAGAGUGACCCUUUAAUGUAAGUGCAAUUAUGAUAGUAAACAUAUGUAGUGGUUCUGGUGUCUACAGCAUGUCCCUGCACGCCUUCCAAUGCAAACGCUGCCUUUUUCAGAGAACACCUCAGUAACACAUCUAGUGGCAGUCACUCAGACGGCUUCUGAAGAUGUUUGCUAUCUCAUUGCUGUACAGUGUGCAGCGCCUACAUUAACUGCUCCUGCAUUGAUUUAAUGCAUCUCUGUAAAGAGAUGCUAAUUAGCACAUGUCUGUGUUUUGUCGUGCAUGCGCAACUGCCUUUUUUCAAUGCUUUCCUAUGGGAAAACAUUGGAUUGGCUGAGAUAUUCGAGAAUGAUGAUCUCAUACAUGGAGAUGGGCCAACCGCAGCAAGACCAGCAGGGUGAGGGAGAAGGGUAAUUUAAAAAUCUUUUAACUCCACAGAGAGAGGGGGUCAGUCAUCUAAACAGCCACACCAGCACUAUAGUGUUAGGAACACAUGUUUGUAUGUCUAAUACUAAUGUUUUCCUGUACAUUAAGGCCUAUAUUUGCUAAAAUACUGAACAAACCUGCAAGAUGUGUAAAUAGAAAAUGCCAUAUAGUAAAAUAUAAAUCAUGUUCAUUUAUGAAUCCAUGGACAAUGUCCAAUUUAGUUUGGUUUCUGAACUAUACAACAAUGUAUUAUAUUCCAAUUUUGGUUUGCAAAUUUUAACUUAGCUUAUGGACUCCCCCAACAGUACGAGGAACGCAUAUUAAAGAAAAUUCGACGUAAAAUCCGCAACAAACAGUCAGCCCAGGAGAGUCGGAAAAAGAAGAAAGAGUAUAUGGAUGGGUUGGAGACCAGGUAAAAAUGUGUAAUUGUUAAUUAUAUAUAUAUAUAUAUAUAUAUAUAUAUAUAUAUCAGGAUAGAAUAUACAUAAGGAAUACAUUGGGUCUAAUACAAUAAAUAAAUAAGUGAUUCUUUGGCGACAUCCUGUGGAUAAACUAUAUGUUACACCUGUAAUACAGAGUUUGGCCUCUGAAUUAUAUGUUCCAAUGCUCACUAACCAGGAUAUACCUUACAUCUUAAUGAUUUUAGCCUUCAGAAUUAUUGGACCAUCCGAAUAGUUUGCAGGUAAUAGAACCAAGUAAAGACAUUAGGAUGCCACAUUUAAAUAAUGGAAAAAAAACUUGUACAACAUUUAAAUAACAGAUGGGACAAAGUUGUAUUUCAAGGGUUGUGUAGCACCCACCAACUUAACAUGUAACCAGAUGCCCCUGAUCACCACUGUUAUUAAUUAAGGUGAGUGCUAACAGUAUUAAUUGUUAGAUGGUCUAAAGCAAAUCUGACUGUAAUUUGACAUAAUAUUAAAGAUUUUGGAACCUUGCUCAUAUGCGUAAAGACACAGUAACAAGAAUAUUGGAAAGUGAUAACACAUAUUCACAAACAUUCUUUAUUGACUUCUUUCAGGAUGUCAGCUUGUGCUGCUCAAAAUCAGGAGUUACAGCGAAAAGUCCUGCAGCUUGAGAAACACAAUAUGUGAGUAGUUAUUUUUAACAUCGUAACUUAGAACAGAAAAUACCAAGAAGCUAGCCAGCAGCUAGUUUACGGCGGGAAGGGGAAGGGAGAGGAGAGCCAUCCUGUGAUGUAUGUUUCCUAUGAACUUCUCAUCAUUUUAUCUCUUUACUCUACAGAUCUCUUAUCGAGCAGCUCCGUAAGUUACAAGCUCUGGUAUCAACAUCUGCAGGAAAAGCAGCUCAAACUGGGACCUGUGUUGCAGUGAGUAUAGUAUAGUUGCCCCACUUCUUCACUUGUUCCCUUAUAUAUACUUAUCUCCUCUAUCCAUUGAAUAAAUACAUUAUAUUAAAUAUUGUAUGAAACCCUCACUGAGAAUGGACGAUAAACAUUUAUAGCUCGUUUUUGGGCUACUGUCAUUAAGGAGUUAUCAAAUGAAAUGGCAGGCAAGGUUCCAUUGCAGAUAUAGCAAUAUCAGAUGAUCAUUUUGCUUCCCAUAGAUCCUAUCAGUGAAAAUGGCUGAAAUCCCUCCAAGUACAGCGAGGGAUAGUCACCAGAACAACUACAGCUUAAUGUAGUUGUUCUGGUGAUUAUAGUCAGUCUCUGCAAGUUUUUUGUAGUAAACACUGUGUUUUCAGAGAAAAGGCAGUGUUUACAUUACAGCCUAGGACACAUCCAGUAGCCACUCCUCAGAUGGCUGCUAGAGGUGCUUACAGGAGCAGUGCUGCACAAUGUGCAGUAUGCCAUUCAGUUUCUCCACCAUUGAGACACUGAACUUUCCUCAUAGAGAUUAAUUGAUUCAACGCAUCUCUAUGAGGAGAUGCUUAUUGGCCAGGGCAACGUUUGGCUCCGCACUUGGCCCACCUCCUGAGAAUUGACAAUCUCAGCCAAUCCAAUGCUUUCCUAUAAAGGUAAUAUUUUACUAUAUUUACAGGGGCUAGAUAGAGUUUUUAACACUAUAGGGGCAGGAAUACAUGUUUGUGUUCCUAACCCUAUAGUGUUCCUUUAAGAAAAGUUUAACCCAAAUGAAAAAUAGCUUGCCAUAUCGAACAUUGUGAAACUCCUACAAUUGGCAUGUUGGACUUCCAAGAUGGCCAUCUAGAUUUUGGAAAAAACCUAAGAAUGUAAUAAACACUUUUUUUUCCUUAGCUUUCCCACUCCUGUACAUUCUCUUACAUUCUUAAUCUCCACGUACUUUUCUUCUGCUAGCAGCUUCUAUGUUUAAUUCCAUUCUAGCUAGUGUCAUAUAACGAGAAAAGAAAGUGAGCGCUAGUUAAAUUGGCAACAACCCUAAAAAGGGAGAUCCCUCAAAACCCUUAAAAUAAAAAGAUAGAAAAAGAAAAAAAGGAAGUAAGGGCUGCGCCAAUUCCUACAGUAAGAUAUAAUACAACGAGCUGCAGAAAUGAGCAAAUAUAAGAGAAUACAAUAGUACAAAAAAGGGGGAUAAAAUAUUCAAAUAUCAGUAAAAAGGAGUCCAAUGGGAAGGAUCUUAUAUUUGAUCUGAGUAAGAUCCUUCCAAUUGGACUCUUUUUACUGAUAUUUUAAUAUUUUAUUCCCUCCUUUUUGUACUAUUGUAUUCUCUUAUAUUUGCAAAAUUUUGCAGCUCAUUGUAUUCUAUCUUACUGUAGGAUUUGGCACAGCCCCUACUUCCUUUUUUUUCACUAGUGUCAUAUAACCUUAUAAUGUAACCAUGUAAUUGCAACCUCUAAUUGCUCUUUUUAUUUCACGUUAUGGUUUUAGGUUUUGCUUUUGUCCGUCUCUCUCAUCAUCUUCCCGUCCCUGAGUCCCUUUGCAAGAAAGAAAAUCCAAGAGGCGGAUGACUUCCUUCCUGUUAGAGGUAUGCGCAUGUCAAGAUCUCAAACCGUGUAAUUAGUAUCCACCCAUUUCAGUAACAAUACGAUGGUUAAUAGGUUGAAACAAUGAGUUCAGCAUAAUCUGUGGAUAGUUAGCCCAUGGAGUUUACAAAGACAUUUAAACUGUUCAAACCUCAUAUUUUGUGACUGGUUACUAUUUAUCUUGUCUUUUUACCUUUCCCACAGUUUUUCAGUGUUUCUUUUCUAUGGUAUCUGCUUUCUCUUCCAUUUGGGUUCUGUUUCUGACACCUUUCUGUUCUAACUCCACACUACCUCUCUUGGCAAUUUUAUCGACGACCUGAACCACCUCUAAACUGGUGACACUAAAAUAUGGCUAUCCUAACUAUAAGAUAAGGCCAGGGACUAAUGAAAGUAUUUUUUUAAAAUUGGGCAGACUAGAUGGGCCGAAUGGUUCUUAUCUGCCGUCACAUUCUAUGUUUCUAAAUAUACAUUUCUUCGUUAGAACUCUUUCCUCCCCUCUUUGGUCAUGUCUCCAGACCUCUAAUAGGAUAUCUGCUUGUUACUUGAAAGGCAGUUACGAUUAUGGAGUCAAAAAGGAUUUUUUUCCCUUUAUGUAGCCAUCGUGUCAGACUGGGUUUUUUUCCCCCUGCCUUCUUUUGGAUGAAGAGCAUAAAACAUGUGUUUUAAACUUGGAACUCGACAGACUUUAGUCUUUUUUUUUUCCAACCUAGAUCACUAUGUAACUAUAUAAGUCUCUUCUAAGCCACGUUCCUUCUGUUUCCCCUUUGAACAAUAUCACUCAUGAUGUACCAGUCAUCCUUUAGUUAAUUGAUACAAACAUCAGCCCUAUCCUGUAUGCCCACAUCAUUUAGGUAAAUUUUGGAUCCACUAACUCACAACCUGUUCAUCUCUAAAUUCUGCUCCUUUCACAUAAAAACCAUAGCUCAUUUUCUGACACUCUAAAGAUAUAAAGAUGCAACCAACAUGCUUGUUUAUUCUUUGUCUUCUAUCUCAAUUGCAGCAAAUCACUCAAGCAAGACAAUCACGUUCCUUUUUUUUUUCUUUUUCAAUUCUUUAUUUUUGAAGUGCAGUAAAAAUUACAUGAAUUGGAAUUGACAUAUGAUAUAUAUGUGAACAGUAACUGGAGAUACAUAAGUAUAACAAGUAAUGUCAAGAGAGGCUGAUAUUUGUAAAACAUUUUAAACAAAAUGAAUCGGUAUGUCAAGAACACAUUUAGAAGACAUAAGAGAAAUCAGGCUGUAUCAAUUUACUUUUUGCUUAAUAGGAAAUACCACUGGGCAUAAAAAGUUACAAUGAAAGAACAGGUAGCCUAUAUCUCGGCAUGUAAGAAGCUGUAUCUGGUUUGCAUUAAGCCAGCUAUACUCUACCCGCCCUGGGCCAAAACACAGUCCAUGGAACCUGUCUCACAAGUCUAUUGUUGAACCACAAGCAGGUCCCGGACUCAGGGCCUAAUGACAGGCUUCUGUAGCACGUGUUGAGCAAGGGCCUUUUGAUGAUUAAAGCGGCAUGUAUGGGAAUGUCCUACGAUGAACUGUUGCCCAAGAGAGGCGCCCAGGAGAGGCUCCCAGCAAGACUGGGACGACAAAACUGAAGCUGCUUUCAAAGCACCUCCUCUUCUUCCCCACCAUUGGCACUACGUCUUGCCAAGCUGGUUUUGGCUAGGCUUUGCGUCGGAGUGGGUCAGGUUGGAGCAAGGCGCAGUGAUGACCCUCGGUGUUAGUUGCUGGAUUCGAAUAUUGUUUCAGAGGAAGGCUAUAUGAACCCAGAAGUCCUGGCACAGCUUGUCAAAUUUGAUUUCAAAGCGUUGGACCAUAACCAGGCUCACCAAGCCCGAUUUACAGAGUAGACUUUUGACCGCUUGUCCCUGGUUUUCUCAUUUGUUUUUUUACUUUUACUCAUGUGUAUCAUUUACCUUUACAUUGAUAUGAAAUAUGUUGAUGCUAUAUGAAUAAAUAAUAUCAAAACUAAUAUAUUAGCACAAACAUUUAUACUAUUCUCAUUAGUCUUCUCUAGGUCACUGCACGAAUCUGCUUCAUCACGGGUCUUCCAAUUUCCAGAUGAACCCCAAGGUUCUAACCAUUGGGGUGGUCAGAGCAGCCCCACAAGUGACGCAGAGAUGGGACCACUUAGAAAAUACUUUGCAGAAGCAAUGAUGAAUGAGUCAAGACAUCCACUGGGGCAUGAAAUACUUGAAGUAGCCAAUCACACAGGACUUCUGAAUGAAGAAGUGGCUUCCAAGUUGGAAAAAAGCUUACUGAGUCAAUUGUACGGUUCUUUAAAUGUCCAUAGAACACAUAACCAGGUGGCUCAGGUUACUUGGAAUGAGACACUUAAUGGGUAUGAAGAGCUGUAAUCCUACCCCUGAAUAAGAGCGUGUAACUGUUAAAAUGUGUCUGUCCCAGACUGCAUUAACCUCAUAAUCUGAUCCUCCUCUUUCACUCAUGCUGCAGGUUCAUGGUACCCACAUCAGCCCAUCCUUGCAAACUCACUGUCUUGCUGUUAUCUUCGAUUCUGGCCUGACCUAUGCAUCUCACAUUCAGUCUGUGGCCAAAUCCUGCCAUUUUCACCUUAAUAACAUUGCCCGUGUCAGCCCCUUUCUUACACAAGAUGCUAUGAAGGAGCUUGUUCAUGCUCUAGUAACCGCUCACAUUAACUACUUUAAUUCUAUUCUAAUUGGUCUGCCCAGAAGUCAUACUGCCUCGUUAGUCCAUUAUGAAUGCUGCUGCCAGACGGAUUUUUCUUCUCACAUACCUCUCCCCUUUGUCAGUCCUUACAUUGGCUUCCUGUACACUAUGGGAGUCAAUUUAAAAUACUAACCCUUACCUAUAAAGCUUAACACAACUCUAGUCCCUUUUACCUUUCUUCACUGAUUUGUAGGUAUGUCCCUUCUCAGUCUCUCCACUCUGCCAGUGACCUUAUUCUGUCCACUGCUCACUGCUUGCAGGACUUCUCGGGGGAGGCCUUUUCUUUGUAACAUCCUGCCUCCCUCCAUCAGACGCCCCUCUAGUCUUCAUUAAAGAAGUCAUUUAAACCCAUCUAUUCAGGAAAGCUUCUGGUCUCCUAGAGUAACUUCUAUCUCACUAACCUGUCUCUUGAUUUUACUUAAAAGGCCACACUCCACUCUCACUUUCUGGUUCUGCUACUUUCCCACCUUGCCGUCUGGUUGCUAUCCUCCACGAUACCCUUUCUAUUGUGUUUUUAAACCCAUCCACCUCUAGACUGUAAGCUCGAUUUAGCAGGGUCCUCAUCAACCUAUUGUUCCUGUAACAUUUUGUAAUUGGCUCAUUUAUUGUUAAAUCUCCCCCUUUAUAACAUUGUAAAGCGUUGUUGAAUAAGUUGGCGAUAUAUCAAUGCCAAUAAUAAUAAUACAAGAUGUAGUGAGGAAUAAAAAUGAUAUCCUAAAUUUGCAUACAGUGAACCCAUCGUGGUGUUCGGUGUCUUCUUACCUAGACAGUGAUUUCAGUAAUUCAACUAUGGGAUACAACCAAAUCAGAGAGGAUCACGUACAACAAAAAUAGACUUAGAACACAGAGCCUUCUGUUCAUUGCUUAUAGGUUAUUUAGUAAAUUUAUUAGAUAAAAUCCAGCCGAUACACAAUUACCAACAUGGUUAGCACUUUGUAGCUUACAAAAUAGAUAUUGGAAAGAUGAAAAACAGACGUAAGAGAAAUCGAACAGACGAAAAAAAACACAUACGUAACGUACAGAAACGUUUUAGGUAUUACAUUUAAGUUACGUUUUAGAAAAAUCCAACAAAGCACAUAACAUACAUUCUCUCACGUCAGCAACUAAGCAAAAUUAGUUGGAAUACAUUGGAUCUUUGAGUUAUUUGAUAAAAUAAUUUAAUUUGAUCUAAAGUUAAACAGGUAUAUUCCAAACAGCGUAAGCUGCUACGCUACAUUGUGUAAUUAGGAAUCACAUAUCCCUAUCAUAUCUACAGAGCUUAAACCCCCAUAACUAUAGUAGUGUAAAUAAGAAGAAAACAAGUACACUAUAGCAAAGGGAUUUAUUAAUAUAAAUGUGACUUCUGCAGUCUAGAAUCUUAUUAAGAAAGAGAGCAUUGAUUCAUUUAGCACAGAUACAUAAAUCAGGCAUGUAAGAAAUUGUUCUAUUCAGCUUAGUGAUAAUCUUAUCUCUACCUAGUAAACAAUGAUGCAUGAUCACGGAUUUCCCAAUAUUAAACCCUGUUUUGUGACCCGUGCACUGAAUUUGUAAUUUACCUGCAUUACGAUAUUCACUGAUUUCUGUAAGAAGCCCUUUGCAUUGUUCUGUACAGUUUUCUUUUGCAUCAAAAUAAUUUUUGUAUAGAUUUCUCAAUAAAGAUAUUUUGUAUGAUAUGAAUGUAAUGUUAUAUGUUUAUGGAAAAGUAAAGAAAAUCCCUUAAAGGAACAACCCAAGUACCAUAACCACUAUAGCUUAAUUCAGUGGUUAUGGUGUCAUGAGAGUUUCUCAUUACAUAAUAAAGACAGUCGACUGAGACAGCGUACCGAGUCACUAUGGGCUCAAUGCGACUCGGGUCAGGUAAGCUCAAUACAGGUCAAUCAAAACAGUAGAGCGGCAACAAGGCUUAGUUGUAACAGAAUAGGCAACAAAAUAUGGGUGGGGGAGAAAAUCACAACAGUGGGCAGUGUAGGUCAAAUCUGCUUUCGCCACAAUGUCAGGUGGCCAGGUGGGUCAUCACUACAUCCCUAGGAAAAACUGAACCACUAGGCUGGGAUCCCAGGAUCUUGCAGUGGUAGAUGUGCCUGCAGAUAAGAGCAUCAAACUAUGACCUCCCGUGUAACAGUGUAAAUGUGGCGGUAGGAUAGUAGCUAUCAGAUGCCUUAAGUAGUGCGGUAAUUCUUCAGGCUGAAACGUGUCAGGCACGCCUUUGAUUUUGAUAUGGUGCCGCCUGUAAUGGUCCUUCAUAAGAGCCAUGUUAACCGUUAUUACUUGUUGAGAAUAUUCUACCAUCUUUAUGGUGUCCUGCAUGUUGGACAAAUUUGUCCCGCAGAUCCAUAAUGUCCUCUUCUGAGACUAGAACCUUUUCAGUGACUGCCUUGACUCCUACUUGACCACUGCUAUGUCAAUUUCCAGCAGCUUUUUGAAGUCUUGAAGGAUUGUCUCUCGGUGUGCCAAAGGUACUGAGAGUUUGUCCCAGAAUGUAGGCUGCUAAGUUGACUCAAUUGGCUCCAUGGAGCUAGGGAGGUUCCAUGGCCGCCAUCUCGUGCUGCGAUUGCUGCUGUAAAAGGGUACCAAAACGACGCCCCAUGGGAACGACGUCCCAUGUUUGGUGUGUCUUCCGGCUGCUUGUGUUGAGCAGACUCGGCUACUUGGCAGCGAACUCCCGCUGAGGACCCGGCCAGGAGUAACUCUAACCCGGUGUGAGGUAGGUCACAGGCCUGUGCUUUAAUUUUUGCACCUGCAGGGUGUGGCAUGCCCCCUGCAGUCUCACUGCUCAAUUCUCAUCUAUUUAGGAUUUACGGUACUUAUGCAGCCCUAGUCACACCUCCCUGUAAGCAACAUGCACAGCCUUCAUAAAUACUUUGUGAAAAGUGAGCUCUAAUGUUUUCACUUCCUUUAUUGCAAAUUCUGUUAAAUUAGAAUUUCAUAUCUCCUGCACUAUUAGUAUGUUGCUAGACCUUGCAGGAGGUUCUUGUAUGAGAUUAAAACCUCUACAGUGAGUUAACACCAGACUGGAAAUUAAGUUUUUAUUUUUCAUUCAGGCAGUUUGAACUGCAUGAACAGAAACAAAGGUGAUUUAACUCCUACAUGGCAGAGAACUGAGCAGUGACACUUCAGAGGCAUGAUCAAUACCCACAAACUGCUUCAUUAAGCUUAAGUUGUUUUGGUGAUUAUAGUGUCCCUUUAAGGAAAGCUGGAUACGAAGCAUAUUUUUUGCGCACUCUUUCUAUGUUCACUUGUUCUAACACCCUAAAAUGAAGGAAUAAAGGUUUAACAUAAAAAGCAUUUUACGCAACUACAGCUAUAGCAAACUGUGAGUGCUUCAAAUUCAACACAAAUGUAAAGUUCCU